AUGUCCCAAAACAGAAAAUUAUCACUAUUUAAUAGAUGGAAAAAUAAUAAUCAUCAAGAAGCUGAAUUAGAAGGAAUAAGUGAUGAAGAAUUAAUUGAAUAUAAAGAAGCAUUUCGACUUUUUGAUAAGGAUGGUAAUGGUUCCAUUUCUUCAAAAGAAUUAGGUGUUGCAAUGAGAUCUCUUGGUCAAAAUCCUACUGAACAAGAAUUACUUGAUAUGGUUAAUGAGGUUGAUAUUGAUGGAAGUGGAACUAUAGAUUUUCCUGAAUUUUGUCAAAUGAUGAAAAGAAUGAAUAAGGAAAAUGAUAGUGAAAUGAUUCGGGAAGCAUUUAGAGUUUUUGACAGAGAUGGAAAUGGAUAUAUCACAGCCGAUGAGUUUCGUUAUUUUAUGACUCAUAUGGGAGAGCAAUUUAGUGAUGAAGAAGUCGAUGAGAUAAUUGCGGAAGUAGAUAUUGAUGGUGAUGGUCAGAUUGAUUAUGAAGAAUUCGUCAAAAUGAUGACAGAUUCAUAA